UUUUCUCGAAUUGGAAACAAAGCAAAUUUGAAGAAGUUGAUUGCUCGCAGUUUCUUGGAAUAAUCAAGCUGCACCUGCCUUGAGAUUGGUAAAACUACUGCAUCGGGGCCGCACCUUCCCUCAGUCACUCACAUCCGCCCUCAGCGCCAAACUUCGGAACUCAACAACUUUCCAUUUUACCCACACGGAGCCGGACGCUUGCGCAACCACCUUGAAACCUGCAGCGUUCCUCGAAAUGGGGUCGAAUGACAAAUAUGAGAAGCACCUCCCAGCCUUUUCACCACCGGUCUUUCAUGACCCGUUCGCCAGUAUCGAAGGCGGUGUCGGCAGCUUGAGCAUCAAAUCAGAUGCCAACAGAACUCUUGUCUCACCGAUUGCCACUUCUACUAUCUCCGUUCAAUGUACCAACUUCGAUGGGGAGAAUGAUUCGACGGCUGCCAGCUGCAUAACCACAACAUCUCCCCCCUAUUCGAUAUCUCGGGAUGUUUCGCCCACGAAGUAUUCGCCUGCAAAAAACGAUGAAGAGAGCGGUACUGCUCCUUCAAUGCCCUUGUAUUCAAGGGACAAUGAAGAGUUCCUUUUCCCAUCUGCAGAGCUGGGCUUCUUGGACAUAGACCGACCCGGAAGCCCUUCCUCUUGUGAAUCACCAAAUUCCUUCGAUCCUAAUGUCACACCUCGUCCCUGUUCCAGUAUCGGGGAUCAUGAUCACGAUGCAAGCUUUGAUGGAUGGGCAGACCUUCCCAAGAGCUAUGGGGCGAGACUUUGUAAGUACUUCCGAUAUUUCCCCGCCGACCUGGGACAUUGACCCAAACAGCUCCGAUACCUUUCACAACUUCACCAACCUCAAUGAC